AUGGCCCAGGCCACCGGCGCCACGGGUCUGCUCCUCUCCAUCGCUAGGCCCGCGUGGACCACCGUCAAGCUGCUCUACGCCAUCGACAUCGAGAACAAGAGGCCGCUGCGAGACGAUGAGGAGGAGGAAGACGAGGAGGAGCUCCUCGACGAGCCGGAAGUGGCCGUGGAGACCCUCGAAACGGCGCCGGGUAGCGGGAACGUCAGGAGGAGGAGGCCUUCUACUCCGCACAGCAAGCCGUAUCAGACCCGCUCGCGCACGCGCCUGCAACGACAGAUCACGUUUGAGGUCGAGGACGAGGCGUCUGGCGCCAACUUGAGGCCGCCGCGUAGUCCUUCCAAUGUGCGCCUCAGCCCGGCGAGCGAGGAGAAGAAGAGCGGACGCUCUGAUGCUACAAACCAACCGCUUACGCCACCGCGGAGACGGCGGAGUAGCAAAAGGGAUGCCGACGACCCUGUCAACUAUCAGGCGAGCGAACCGGCGGCGCUGAAAUUCUGGGUCACCUUCGGCCUUGUGUGGACUGCACGCUCUAUAAUGUGGUAUUUUGUACCGAGUAUGUUGAAAGGCGCAAUUGAGAGCCUGGACAUCACUUUACUUUACGUGCUCAUCUGGGCACAACUGGGGAUAACAAAGGGCGCCGAAAUCGUGUACGGGCUGGUUGCCGGCGUGGCCCGGCGGCGGUGGCGACGCGGGGGCAGGGACCGUACGCAGACGGCCAACAUGUUUCUGCGCAUGGCAGUGGCAGCUAACCUGCUGCGGUCGGAGCGCCUGAUCUACAUGACGGGCAUGAUUGCGGAGAGCGGGCUGGCGCUGACCGGGGUCUUCUUCCUCAUCACGCCGCGCCAUCAACAUGGAAGGCAUUUUGCGUCACAUGCCGCGUAUACCGGGAGUGAACUACUUAAUGUUCUACGUCGGUCACAUGUGUGCGCGAUUUUGUUGGCAGACCCAGAAUGCCUUUUUGAAGUCAGUUUCCUACCUUCACCGCGGCAGCGAUGGCAAGAUUGA